CCUACCUAGCAGGCUAGCAAGUAGCAAGCACAACCUAAGUUACACAAAAGAGAAGAAAACAUGAGCAGCUAGCUACGGCCUUGUCGCAUCCUACUCCCCACCUUUGAACUUUAUAUAGGAAUUGCAAAAAUUAAGCUUCUCUAUUCUUCUCUCGUACUUAGCUUGAUUAUUCUGCAUGCACUGAGAAAGCCGGCAAUGGCGGAUGAUGACUCAGUGGGAGGAGCCGGGACCUUUUCCCAGCUACUGUUCGAUGCUAACGACGUCGUUGUGAGCCUUGGGAUGGGCUCAGAUGGCUGCCUCAACUUCACUUCUUCCUCCUCCGGCCACCCUAACUCUUCAAAUAUGCUCUGUUUUGGUACAGAGGAUGAUUUACGACCCAUCAAGAACUUGAAGAAAAAGAGAAAAAAUAAUGGAGAGGAAAGGGAGGAUGUAGAUAAUCAAAACAGGGGAAACUACUGCAAGAAGAAGAAGCCCAGUGGGAGUGCCCAUGCCACAAAGCAGGCAAAGAGGAGAGAGAGUCUUGGAGAUAGAAUUGCAGCAUUGCAGAAACUUGUGUCACCCUUUGGCAAGGGAGAUACAGCUUCGGUGCUUCAAGAAUCCAAGAGUUACAUAAAGUUUCUGCAUGAUCAAAUUCAAGCCCUCUGCUCCCCGUAUCUGAAGAACCAGCCGAUUCCCCACGGCGGCGGAGGCGGCGGAGGCGGCGGAGAAAACAGGGACGGAAUGACAUUAAGGAGCAGGGGACUCUGUCUCGUCCCCGUCGACCGCACUUGGCUUGUAGCAACUCAUUCUCCUCAUAACGGCGCUGAUAUUUGGUCACCCGCCGCCGUAUCCGGCUCAGCCCAGACCAAGAACCCGACCCACCGCUGUGGAUUCCAAACAGGAUCCGAUCGGAAUAAUUAAAAGAUCAGUGGAUAAUCAUUGCCUGCCUUACACAUUUUGUUUUUUGUUUCAAUCGGUCAAUGAUGAUUAGAUAGAUAAUGUAUCGAAAUAUGGAUCCAUGCAUUUUUGGGCAGGCGUUUUUACUGGCCGGCGGUAAGGAUCAGGAUUGAAGACACAUCAUCGGGCCGGAUCGGAAUGGAAAAAAGAAAAGUAGAAAUGGUGAAUUAAUUGCGAAGUGUAUGGUUUUGGAAACAUGCACAAGUUAGCUUUCUUGUCAAACAUUUGACUGAUGAAAUGUGAUGAUGGGUGGGUUCUUUAAAGGCUAUGUGUUGCUUUUCUGGGUUAAACAGACAAGACUCUUCAAGCAUGGCAUGCCUUCCACUUGGCUUUCUGGUCAUCAUGAUGACUUCUUUCUCCUAACUUUCCCUUUUCCCGGUUGCCUAGAAAAGAAUCUUUCCUCGUUUUAUUUAAUCUUCACACUUUGACUUCACAUAAAAUAAGGAAAUAAAUUCAACUUUACUGUAGAUUACACUGUUGAGGCACUGUUUGACACUGUUGAGACACUGUUUGGCACUGUUGAGACACUGUUUGACACUGUUUUGAUGUAGAUUUCUUUGCCAAAAAAGGAAAUAAGGAAGUGUGAAGUUUAUUUUAGACCGUCC